CGCCUCCUCACAUCAGUGAUAUUUUUUGGACCAGAGCUGGUAGGUCGCUGUCUGUCUGUCACCUAUUGGCGCACCGUGUCCUCCGUCCCGGAACCUGGAAGGCGAAGAAGUUCACAAGCGAGCUUGAGGAGUGAGGAGGAGGAGGAGGACGCGGAGGUGCAGCAGCCAUGGCGCACCUGCUGCUGCACGGCACCCUCGACGCCACCAUCCUCGAGGCCGACCACCUCACCAACCCCACCCGCGCCACCGGCGGCGCCCCCGGGAUCUUCCGCAAGUUCGUGGAGGGGUUCGAGGACUCUCUGGGGCUCGGGCAGGGGGCGACGCGGCUGUACGCGACGGUGGACAUCGGCCGGGCGCGCGUGGGCCGGACGCGGGUCAUCGCCGGGGACCCCGUGAACCCGCGCUGGUACGAGGCGUUCCACAUCUACUGCGCCCACUUCGCCUCCGACGUCGUCUUCUCCGUCAAGGCUGCGCAGCCCAUCGGCGCCACGCUCAUCGGCCGCGCCUACCUCCCCGUCCGGGACCUCCUCGGGGGGCACGAGAUCGACCGCUGGCUCGAUGUCCUCGACGCCGCCAGGAAGCGGCUCCCGCACGGGCCCAAGAUACGGGUGCGCCUCCGGUUCCAGGACGUGGCCGCCGACCCGCGCGGGUGGGGCCGGGGCGUCGGCGGCGCGCGGUGCCCCGGCGUGCCAUACACCUUCUUCUCGCAGCGGCCCGGGUGCAGGGUCACGCUGUACCAGGACGCGCACGUCCCCGACGCGUUCGCGCCCCGGAUCCCGCUCGCCGGCGGCCGCCUCUACCAGCAGGGCCGGUGCUGGGAGGACGUGUUCGACGCCAUCAGCAACGCGCGCCACCUCAUCUACAUCACGGGCUGGUCGGUGUACACAGAGAUCACGCUGCUGCGGGACGGCGCGCGCCCGCACCGCCCCGGUGGGGACGCCACCCUCGGCGAGCUCCUCAAGCGCAAGGCCUCCGAGGGCGUGCGUGUGCUCAUGCUGGUGUGGGACGACCGCACCUCCGUCGAGUCCCUCGGCAUGACGUGGGGGUUCAUGAGCACGCACGACGCCGAGACGGCCGAGUACUUCCGCGGCACCGACGUGCGCUGCGUCCUCUGCCCCCGCAACCCCGACGUCGGCAGCAGCGCCGUCAAGGGCGCGCAGAUCGCCUACAUGAUCACCCACCACCAGAAGACCGUCGUCGUCGACCACGAGAUGCCGGUGAGGCGCAGCGACCGCCGCCGCAUCGUCAGCUUCGUCGGCGGCCUCGACCUCUGCGACGGCCGCUACGACACGCAGUUCCACUCCCUGUUCCGGACUCUGGACACGGCGCACCACAAGGAUUUCCACCAGCCCAACCUCGCGGGCGCGUCCAUUGACAAUGGCGGGCCCAGGGAGCCAUGGCAUGACAUCCAUUCCAAGAUCGAAGGCCCUGCCGCGUGGGACGUGCUCUACAACUUUGAGCAGCGGUGGAGGAAGCAAGGAGGUGGCAAUGAUCUCCUCGUCGACCUCAACGCUAUGGCAGACCUGAUCAUACCGCCAUCACCAGUGAUGUACCCGGACGACCAGGAGACAUGGAACGUGCAGCUCUUCCGUUCCAUUGACGGUGGGGCGUGCUUUGGCUUCCCUAGCACCCCCGAGGCGGCAGCCCAAUCUGGCCUUGUCAGUGGCAAGAACAAUGUUCUUGACAGGAGCAUCCAGGACGCCUACAUCCACGCCAUACGCCGUGCCAAGCACUUCAUCUACAUCGAGAACCAGUACUUCCUCGGCAGUUCAUUCGGGUGGAAAGCCGACGGCAUAAGGCCAGAGGAGAUUGAAGCACUGCAUCUGAUCCCCAAAGAGCUUUCGCUGAAGAUUGUGAGCAAGAUUGAAGCUGGUGAGCAUUUUGCGGUAUAUGUGGUGCUGCCAAUGUGGCCAGAAGGCCCUCCUGCUGGUGGAUCUGUGCAGGCAAUACUGGACUGGCAGAGGAGGACGAUGGAGAUGAUGUACUAUGACAUUUCUAUUGCACUUGAGGCGAAGAGGAUCGAUGCAAACCCAAGGGAUUACCUUACAUUCUUCUGCUUGGGGAACAGGGAGGUGAAAAUGAGUGGCGAGUAUGAACCUGCAGGUCGUCCAUUGGAUGGGUCAGACUAUGCUAGGGCGCAGAAUGCACGGCGCUUCAUGAUCUAUGUUCACUCCAAGAUGAUGAUAGUCGACGACGAAUACAUCAUUGUUGGAUCAGCUAACAUCAACCAGCGCUCAAUGGAUGGGGGCAGGGACUCUGAGAUCGCCAUGGGCGCAUUCCAGCCAUGCCACCUGAACACCAAAGGCCAGGUCGCCCGAGGGCAGGUCCACGGCUUCCGGAUGUCGCUGUGGUACGAGCACCUUGGCAUGCUGCACGACGACUUCCUGAACCCGGGCAACCUGGAGUGCGUUCAGAGGGUGAACAAGAUGGCUGACAAGUACUGGGACCUCUACGCCAGCGACUACCUCGACGCCGACCUCCCUGGGCACCUGCUCAGGUACCCGAUCAACGUCACAAAGGAAGGCACGGUGACAGAGCUCCCUGGAGCCAAAUACUUCCCCGACACGCAGGCGACGGUGCUUGGGAUGAAAUCUAAUAAGCUGCCUCCUAUUCUUACCACAUAGAGAAGUAAUUUUGUUUCUUCUGGUGAGGUGCAAGUUUGCCAUCUUCUGAAUUGUUCACUGCUGCCUUCUGGGCAUAGUUCCAGCAGUGCGAGCUACUCGGAUUCUGUUGCCUUUGAGAUUAGUUUAUAGGCUGAAUUGACUGUUUAGCUCAUCAGAAGUCUGAACAUUUCCGGUCCUCGCAUGAUGCAUUCUAGAUUGCUGAAGUUCUGAAGGAUUAGGAAUGCAACUUGAGUUGGCUGACGCAUUAGCUGCAGUGAUUUCAGACUUGGUUGGCUAGCUUUUGAAAUUUGACCUCAUUCUGGUCCUUCUGGACAUGUUUCGGAAGGUCUUGUCAGUUGCGCACCGGUCAUCAUUGCAAUCGUGCAUGAACCGGGCAGUUUGACCAAGACAUGGUUGUUUAGCACUC